AUGGACAUGACUUUGGAUGAAAGUUGCAACAAAAAUCAAUUUAUCAAGUGUGUCAAUGUUGGGCUCUUAUGCGUACAAGAAGACCCCGUUGAUCGUCCCACGAUGUCAAAUGUUCUUACCAUGCUUGACAGUGAAAUUGCAAUCUCUCCAACUCCUAAACAACCAGCCUUUUUCUUAAGGAGAGGCAACAACUCCAGCACAGCUUCUUCUUCUACUAAGCCAGAAACAACUGCCGAAAUAACUACAAGUCUAGAAGAAGGUAUAUAA